AUGGCAAAUCUUGAGAAUUUGAAUCUUAAUGGUUGUGGCAAUUUAGUUGAGGUUCAUCAAUCUCUUGGAUUUCUAAACAAACUGUCUAGUUUGGAUGUGAAUUAUUGCUCUAAACUUGGACGUCUUCCUAACCUGAAGUUGCCACUUCUUGAAUUCCUAAGACUUGGUGAGGGCACAAGUAUUGAGAAAUUUCCAAAUAUUUUGGGAGAAAUUCCUCGUUUAAGGCAAAUUAUUUUUGAUAACAGUCCCAUUCAAGAACUGCCUUCGUCAGUUGAAUAUCUCAUUGGGCUUGAAUUCAUACAAAUACAUUCAUGCAAGAAGCUUAGAGAUCUCCCUAGAAGCAUUUCUAAGUUGCCACGUCUGAAGUCUCUUGGUCUUUGGGGUUGCACAAACCUUGGAAGGUUUCCAAAAUCAUCGUCGUUGUCAUCAUCAACAAGUUCGGGCUUUCGAAGUGUUGAUAUGAGGUUCUCUGAUGGGUUUCCAGCUUUGGAAGUGUUGAUCAUCUUUAACUGUGAUCUAGCAGAAGUUGAUUUCCUCGAGAGUUUUCAUUGCUUUCCCAUGCUACAAUAUUUGGUUCUAUCAGGAAACAAUUUCGUUAGCAUCCCUGCAUGUAUGAUCACUAGAUUUACCAAUUUGCGAUCCCUUAGUUUGGAGGAUUGCGAGGGGCUUCGACAAAAGAAUGCAAGUAGUGGUGGAAAAUCCUUCAUCGAUAAUUUAACGAUGAUGAUGCCUAUGGUAUAUAGAUUCUGUAGAAAAAUGGCAAUUAGAAUAAAAGUUAGAGGAGGGGAGUUACCAGAAUGGUUUCGGCAUCAAACUAGGGAGAAUGAGAUGUGUUUCCGAAUGCCUCCACCUAAAAAAGCCAAGUUAGCAGGUUUGGUUAUCGGUAUUGUUUUGCAAUUGGAUGCUAAUUUGUCUCCCUAUUUUGACUGUAUCAACAUAUAUAUCAAUGGUCGAGAGGCUAGUAGUCUAUACCCCAAUUCUGCCCAAUUAGAUGGUGUCGUGUGGCUGUUUUGUUUUCCAGGUGGUGACUUGGAGGGGCGAGGUGAGACCAAUGUAGGGGAUGACUUUCGAGUUUCACUUGAAUUUGUAGUCAGAAACAUAAUAGAGGACGGGGAUAAAUUUCAUAAAAGAUUGGGGGUCCAUUUUCUAUUCGAAAACACGGAUGAUGAUGAUGAUCUAAGAGUGAUCCGGGAUUACUGUUCUAAUUACAAAAAAUCGUUGCCAAACAUAGAAGAAGAAGAAGAAGACGAAGAAUAA